AAUGUGUCCGUGUAGAAACUGACUACCGUACACAACAUGGUAGCUAGUUGAUUUUUGUCCGGUUAGUUAAAGCAAAGAUGGCAGCGACGAAGCUAGUAAAGUAGGGGGAGUUAGUGCGACAGAGCAGAACAAUCUUUCUUCAUUCAACACGUUGCAGUUCGUCGUUGGGAACUUUUAUUUUGAUAUCUAAACUCUCAGACCACAGAUUUAGCAAAGCUAGCUAGCAUUAUUUCUGGUUAACACGCUGACGGACGACAGAGCAAGCAAGCCAGUGUCUGAUGUAUAGUAUUCUAAUUGAUGAUCAAUACAAGUUAAAAGUUUCUUCUUGUAACAUUGUGUAAUGGCUGGCAUUACCUCCAAGACAAUACACGACAUCUUUCAAUCUAUGGAGUACGGACCGAGUAGUUCCAGCACUGCUACUGCUCAGGCUUGGCUUGAGUCUCAUUCUCGUGCUCUCGGUUUGUUCAUCGAUGGAAAGUUUGUCCGUUCUGCAGACAGACAGACAUGCAAUGUGACCGACUCUUCAGGUGGUCCUGUGUGUAGUACUGUGUGUGCUGUGGAUGAGGAUGCAUCCCUGUCUGUGUCCUCUGGGGCCAGUGGCUUCAAGGCCUGGAGUGCUCUCCCCUGUCAUCUGAGAGCCAAGACUCUACUCCGGUUGGUGAGUAGCCUCCAGAGACACGGUCAGUGUCUGUCAGAGCUGUGUGACCUGGCCCAGUCUCCCAGUUCCCCUUCAGCACUGGUCAGACUGCUGCAGUACUACUCCGGCUGGGCUCAGCUCAGAGACUCACUCAUUCCCGACUGGACACCACGUGGUGUGGUGGUAGUGGUUGUCUCUGACGACUGUUCUCUCUACUCUCUCAUGCUGAAAGUCUUACCUGCACUGGCCAUGGGCAACGCAGUGGUGGCGAUCCCUGGCAUGGGGACAGCGCCUCCUGUUCUGUUAUUGGCUCAGCUGUUUGUGGAGGCGGGACUUCCUGCGGGGGUGCUGAAUGUGGUGACGGGCAGCGUUUUGUCGCUGGGUUCUAAAGUGGCUCAAAACCCGCACGUCAGCUAUGUCACUUACAGUGGCAACAAAAAGGAUGGAGAGAUUUUGUGCAGGGCCACAGCAGGCAUGGGUGUUCCCGUCUCUCUCUCCCUCUCCCUCGGAGCCACCUGUCCCUUCAUCAUCUUUGAGUCUGCCGAUAUCGACAGUGCCGUGGAUGGAGUGAUAGAGACUGCCUUUAAGAAGAACAGAGAGUGCCAGUGGAUGCUGUGUGUCCAGGAGUCAGUGUGGGACAGUGUUGUAGCCCGUCUGAAGGUUCGGAUGGCAGGGAUGAAGAGUGUUCCUCUCCUGGCCGAGGGGGACCGAAAGCUGGUGGACGCUGCAGUACAGGAGGCCCAACAGCAGGGGGCCACGCUGAUCCAGCCGUGUCCCCCGUCCUCCUCCGGUGCUGCCUAUCCCCCCACGGUGUUGUGUGGAGUAGCCCCCUCCUGCACCUGUGUGGUGACCCCAUCCCCCGGCCCUCUGUUGCCCCUCCUCUCCUUCAGGAGCCACGGGGAGGGUGUCACUCUGGGGAACCACAGCCCUCACGGCCAGGCUGCCUCUCUCUGGACUGAAGACCUAACUCUGGCUCUGGAGGCUGCCAAGAGCCUGUCUGUGGGUGCAGUGUGGGUAAACUCCCACUCUGUGAUGGACCCUUCCCUGCCUAUCUCUGGCCACAAGGAGAGUGGCAACUGCAUCGAUGGAGGGAAGGAGGGUCUGUUCCAAUUCCUCCGCCCUUCCUCCUCGCCUCCUCUACCCCGCUCCUCUCCAGCCUCUGUUGAUUACUCCAAGUUUGGAACGGCGGCAUCAGCAGCCAUCAUUCCAGAGGGAUCUAAUUCAUCCAGUACCCCUCGUUCCUAUCUGCAGUAUGUGGGGGGGAAGCAGUGUAAGUCUGAGUCUGGCAGCAGUGUGUGUGUCCUGGCUCCAGGGGGAACUGUUCUCGCCUACUGUCCCGACGGGGGAAGGAAAGACGUUCGCAACGCCGUGGAGGCGGCCAUUAAGGUCCAACCUGGUUGGAUGAAGAAAAGCCCUGUGGCCCGAGCUCAAAGCCUCUUCUCUCUGGCUGAGACCUUGGAGCUGAAGAGGCGGGACAUGGCCGUGUCACUCCACUCCCAGACAGGCCUCUCAUUGGAGAAGGCGGACAUGGAGGUAGAGCUGAGCAUCGCUCAGCUCUGUGAUUGGGCCGCUCGCUGUGAUAAGGAAAGGGGCGGAGUUCCGUCCGUCCCACAGUCCGGUUCGGCUCUGUCCAUCCCCGAGGCUCUAGGAGUGGUGGGUGUGGUUCUCCCUGACUCCUCCCCCCUCCUCUCUAUGGUCUCCCUGCUGGCAGCUGCUGUUGCCAUGGGAAAUGCUGUUAUCAUGAUGCCCAGUCCAAAGUACCCCCUGCCUGCUCUAGAGUUCAUCCAGGUUCUCCAGUCCUCAGAUCUUCCAGGAGGCGUGGUCAGCAUUAUAACUGGUGGCAGAGAUCAGCUGACCCAGGCUCUAGCCAAUCACAGUGUCAUCAAGGCCAUAUGGUACUGGGGGAGUAUGGAGGGUUGCCAGUUCCUACAGCACACGUGUGCCAGCCCUCUGAAGAGCCUGUGGCUUCACUGCCAGGAGAAGGAUGGAGGGAGAGACUGGGCCCAGCCUCAUGCCUCACUCCAGGAAGAGAUGUGGAGACAGGCCGUCCAGUGGAAGAGUGUCUGGAUCCCCACUGCUUAGAGAGGGGGGGAGGAAGAGGGAGGGAAAGAGACAGAUGGGAGACAGUAGAGUGAGAGAUUAAGUAUAUUAAAACAAUAACAUUUAUUUGAAUUGAAGGGGGCGGGGGGUUGUAAGGGUCAUUCUUAGUCGCGUUCUGGGAAUGAUUUUAUGUAACGCACUUGACUAUGAAACCUUCUAGGCUGUUCCAGUGGUUUCCUCCCAUCAGAGGACUGUAUACUGAUGACUCGGUGGUAAAUAACACCAGAUACAUAGAGAGAUGUUAUAACCUGUAUGGAUCACUGACUUCUACCUCCAGUGCUCCUAUGCCUGGUCUGAUGCUUUAAUAGCACUGGCGGUGAUGCAUUCUCUACAGGAAGCCAGCUUUAGUCAGCCAACAAUGCCUUCAUAAUUUUGCCUUACUGUAUGUUAUCAAUAAGGGAUUGAGGAAGAAAGAAAAAAAAGUAGAUUUCUGCCCCCCAUGAGAAGUUAAUACAGCUGUACCGAUUAUUAGUACCGUAUUAUGUUAAACUGUAGUAGUGUUCAUAAUCACAAAAGUAGACAUUCCUUUUGUGGGGAUCUUCAAUCGUGCCGGGCCUACUGUGUCAGAACGAGUAGUCUUCACGUUUUAGUCUUAUUUUUUUUAUGUCCAAUUAGACAUUUUGAAAUAUAUAUGAUUUAAAAAGAUUCUAAAUAAUGUACCUCUGAUGUUCAAAAGCCCUAAUAAAAAGAUAAUAACCUCA